UGUCAGUUCUCUUCUGUCGGAUCAAGGGCGCACACGGGUUAUCAACGCUAUUAAUAUUUUCGAUUGUUAUAUUCUUGCAAGUUUUAUAAAUUAAUUAAUAUUUAUAAAGCAGAAAAUUAUUAAUUAUUUGUUGGGCUGAUCGGUUAGUAGUGUGCAGAAUAAAAAAAUUGUGUUGAUGAAAAUGAAGUUGCUAUCCAGCAUCAGGGAUAUACCUGAAUUUAACAAUGAGAAUGUGCACGUAAGGAAUGAACAAGAAUUGUUGGAAAAACUUAACACGAUUAUCAAAGAUGGACAUGGAAAUUUGCAAAUAGUUACCGAUUUUGAUCAUACAUUGACAAAACAUUCCUUGGAAAACGGAUCGCCUGUUCUCACUAGUUUUGGAAUGUUCAGGGAGUGCCCUUCAAUACCUCAAGAGUACAAAGAUGAGGACAACAGGCUCGCUGACAUAUACAAGCCCAUCGAGCGAGACCCACACAUGUCCCUGGAGGAAAAGACUAAACAUAUGGUCGAUUGGUAUAAUGCAGCUCACGCACAACUCAAAGGUGUCACUUUUCCAAGGCAAGAGUUGAUGGCUAUUGGACACAAGAUGAUAGAUAGUUUUAGGGACGGCGUGCACGAGCUGGUGUCGUGGAGCCAGCGGCAGCAGGUGCCGGUGCUGGUGUUCUCGGCGGGGCUGGGCGACUCGGUGCAGGCCGCGCUCACGGCCGCCGGCUUCCUGCUCCCGCACGUCAAGGUGGUGUCCAACUUCCUUGCGAUCGGCGACAACGACAAAAUAGUGGGCAUAAAGGGCGACGAUGUGAUCCACACAUUGAACAAAAACGAGACGGCGAUCAAGAACACGGAGUACUACGAGAUGGUGAAGGAGCGCCGCAACGUGCUGCUCAUGGGCGACAGCAUCGGCGACGCGCGCAUGGCCGAAGGCAUGGAGCACUGCGCCGCCGUCGUCAAGCUCGGCUUCCUGGGCCACAACGUGCGCGACAGCUUGCCCAAGUACCAGAGCCAGUUCGACGUCGUGCUCGUCAACGAGCCCAGCGUGCGCCUGCCCAACGCCAUACUCCAGCUGCUCGCCUGACGCAUGCACUGCCUAGCCAAUUCUUAGUUUUAGUUAGCGCAAUCUCCCCUCGGACUCUCACUCCCGACGUGUUACGAUUUUUUUGUCAUAAUACCAACGAUAGUAUUCUUUUGUUUGCGAAGCAAAAUUACGUUUUAUACAUCCGUAGGACGUACUUACGGGUUGAGUGUGAGUUUAAUAUAUCAAACGCGCUUAAAAAUGUAUGAAAAUUUUAGUUUUUGAACGUUUCCCGCUAGGGGCGCCUCUGUCGCCUACAUUUAAUGUCAUUUUUUUGAGCGCGUUUGAUGUAAACUCACACUAGGCCAUCUGAUGAUUUAUUUUGUUAUUUUUAAAAUGUAUACUAAAAUGAGUUAUUACAAAGUUUAUGUGUGGUUUUAUAAUACGUUGAUUUUCUCCACUUUUAUGUUUGCCUUGUUAAGUGAUAUUGUCAUAA